AUGUUCCUCUCACUACUCGAACGGGGCCCCCCGCGAGCGACCCUUGCCGGACGCCGCUCCCGCUCCCCGCGCGCCUCCCAGGACGGCCCGAGCGACGGGCUCCCACGUGCACCGCCUCACUCGAGCCUCGGGAGAUGCUCACAGGCCCCGGUCGCGGGGGCACUCGAGGACCCCGCGGGGGAGGCGAGCUGGGCAGACCCGCGGGCGCGGAGGGCCGCGGCGCCUCCCCGGCUCCUUCCCCCGCCGGGACCCCCGCGGCCCCCGCCGCAGGGCGUCCGGGAACAAAGCCCGGGGCGCCGCGCCCCCGUCCGGGCCCACCCGGCCGCAGCCCCACCCUCCGCCCUCCGCCCUCCGCGGGGGACCCCAGCCCGCCCAAGCGGGAACUCCCCCGCGUCCCGCCUCGGCUCUUCGGGCGGCGGAGCGUCCACGAGGCCUCCGGGCCUCCCGCGACGGGAGCACCGGCGCCCCCGUCCGUUAGCCUCCCGCUGCCGACCAGCGGCUCCGAGGCGCCAUCCCCGGGGCCCCUCGCCCGACCCCGCCAGAGACCGGCGUGAAGCACCGGCCGGCGAAGUCGGGGCGCUCGUCGCCGCCGCCGCCAAGUCCCGCCGAGGCCUGGCCGCGGAUCCCCCCACCCUCCGGCCGCAGGGUCCCCGCCUCCUCCGCCGACGCCACCCUCGGCCCCCAGGCCGCCCGCGCGCAGCCCCCCAACCGCCGGCGCGCGCCCAGCGGUCACUCCCCCGCGGCCCGCGCGGGUCCCCAGCCUCGACAGGAGGCCGGGCGGAGCGCGGGGCCCCGCACGCGGAAGGCCGGCCGCCCCGCCGCCAACCCGCGGCGGCCCAGGGCGCACACGAGCGGCCGCGGCGCCCCACGCGCAGCCCACCGCGCGCUCCGCUCCGGCUCGCCGCCGCCGCCGCCGCCGCGGACUGCAGCGCCCGGAUCCCCGAGGGACCCGGCCCGGACUCCCCGGUUCUCGCCUCCCUUUCUACCCCCCCGCCGUCCCGGGACUCGCAGGCUCCGCCGCGCACGGGGCCGGUUCUGGGGGAGGGAAUGUAA